GCUGUGCAACCUGCUUCCUCUUCCCCGUUCCACUUCCGGGGUUUCGCAAUUCUGCGACAUGGCGGUAGCGGCUCUCCAGCAGGAGCCUCUGGAGGAAGAGUUAACCUGUCCGGUGUGCCUGGAGAUUUACACGGACCCGGUGAUUCUCAGCUGCAAACACAGUUUCUGCCGGGCCUGCCUCGAGGCGGUGUGGAGGGAGCCCGAGUCCGGCACCUACUGCUGCCCCCAGUGUCGAGCAGGCUCCCGGGUGAGGCCCACCCUGGAGAAGAAUUUCCAGCUGGCCAACAUCGUUGCCAGUUACCUGGCUCUGGAUCCCUCCCAGGACGCUGUCCCCUGCACCUAUUGCACCAAGAAAAGGCGCUCCGCCCUUAAAAGCUGCCUCCAGUGUGAGGUCUCCAUGUGCUCCAUGCAUCUCAGGUUGCACCAGGAGAACGUGGUGCUGAAAAGCCAUCCCCUCACAGACCCAACGGCAGACAUGGCGAUUGGCAAAUGCACCGAGCACCAGAAGCUGCUGGAGAUUUACUGUAAGGACGAUGCUGUCUGUGUCUGCAGCCUCUGCGCUUUAAUAGGAAGCCACAAGGGCCAUGACUUAAUCAGCAUUAGUGAAGCAGUGAAGGAGUUAAGGAAUAAUUUGAAAGAUCAACAGGAGAAGCUCAGGAUCAGUGCUGAAGCUUCACAAGUCACCCUUGAAGAUCUUCAGAAAGAAAAGCAAAAUGCUUUGGCAGCAAUAAAGGAGAAGGAAAUAAACAUUGAGGAGAAGUAUGAGGCUCUCAGACAUCAGAUUGACAAUGAAGAGAGAGAAGCCUUUGAAGAGCUGGACAGGGAGCAGACCCGUGUAACAGCAGAGAUUGACGCAAGGAUCCUCAACCUCCAGAAUGCGGCAAAAGAAUUUGAGAAAUCUCUGAUUGACCUCAACAAGCUUUCACAAAAGUAUGAUGACAUCCUCUUUAUCCAGGAAUUUAACUCCAUUGCUGCACGCUUGAAGGAUAUCUCGCUGCCACUUACAUCAACACCUUAUACUUUGGGUAGUUCGCAAAUAAAAGACCCAAUAAAAUGUACAGUUGAGGGGAAUGAAGAGCUGAGGAACAGACAGAUGAUGGUCAAACUCUAUGGACAGACACCAACUCUAGACCCAGACACAGCAAAUCCCUAUCUCGCUCUGACAAACAAUAAUAGAACGGUAUCAGCAUCGAGUCAGAUCCAGGUGUUUCCCAAAAGCGCACAAAUCUUUGACCGGUGGCCACAGAUCCUUGGCGCUCAGGCUGUGAGUUGUGGCCGAUCUUACUGGGAGAUUGAGGUUAAGGAGGGUGACGGGGCCUGGAGCAUCGGAGUCUGUUACAAGAGCAUCAGCAGGAGAGGAGCAGGCAAUGAAUGUCUGCUGGGCUUUAAUGACAAAUCCUGGUGCAUUCACUCUGGGUCAGACAGCCUUUCCAGCUUACACAAUGGGAAGAGAAUCGCCAUCAAGGCAGAAAAGCCCUCCACCUUGGGAGUCUAUAUUGAUUUUGAAGGUGGGAUAAUCUCCUUCUACAGUGUGUCAGGGAUUGAACUAACCUUAUUACACACCUUCCAUGGAGCAUUCACUGAGCCUCUCCACCCAGCACUGCGAAUUCGAAUUGGGGUGACUCUAUCCUUGUCUGUUCUGAAGUGAUUGGUACAACUGAAAUACACCGCGUUCCAACAUUUCUUUUAUUUUUACCAAGGAAACUGCCUUUGUCAUGAAGAUCUGAACCUCAUGCCCUAAAGCCCCUUCCCUGCUAUGUUUUAUACCUAGGACACCAAACCACAGCAUCCACACAGCUGGGAGAGAUGAUGUAGAGACAAUGGUAGCUUCACCAACUGCAUUUCUGAACUGAGUUCCACGUUCUGUCUGCAACAACACUUUUGCUGCAUAACUGGCCCUAUUCCCGCUGGUUCACAUUCUUUCUAAAUAAUUUGUAAUUCUUCUAAAGAGCCACUGAAGUAGAAUCCAUGUGCGCCAGAACCAGAGUCUUGCUUCAAACCAUAACAGACCUAUAUAAUGUCUUAUGGGUCUAUAUAAGAUUAUAUAUCUAUAUGUUGUGAAAUCAAAAUGGACUCUGUCAGCCAGAUUGGUAAAAACAGAAUUACUUCAGGAGGGAAAGACAAAACACAGAUACUGUCUGGAAAUAAGGAUUAGAUACAGGAAUUGCAGCCUGCCUCUCUGUUAGAGAUUGUCAGAUCAGACUUGAAUUGAAAUGGGCUUAUAACUCCAUUCUUUGAGAUGUUGAAUACACACGCAACUCAGGGAUGCCUGUUGCGUGCUUCAGUGUUGCUCUUGUAACUCGACAAGAACAGUCAAAUGGGCAAGCUUCUGAGGUGCAGUGAGCAUUUUGUUAGCAGAUUCCAAUCAGACGGGGGAAUAAUUGUGAUUGCUGUUCCCCAGUGUCAAAGAUCUGAGCUUUUAUGCAAAUUAAUUCUCUCUGAUCUAACCCAUCAGCAGUCAGUUGUCCUGAACAGAAAAUAAUUGUCUGCAGUAACAUCUGCAGCAUGAAAGAAUCUUUUUUGCCAUAAAGGUUAUACACUACUAGUCCAGUGGUAUAUAUGCCAACAGCUGGACUCUGUGACUAGCACAAGAAUGUGGCCUCACAUACCAAGAAGUCAACAAAAGCCUUGAAGUUUAUGUAGGAAAUUCAUUCUGAAGAUGUCUGAUAUCUGUAAUACUGGCCGAUAUUUGCUGUAUACUUUUAUUUCUGUAUGGUUGUAAUUUUUGUAAAUAAAUUUGAUUACUGGUUCAACCAA